CGCUCACACAGCACACGGCCACACUGCACAGCCAAAAAGGGGGGGAGGGCAAAAUAACCCUGAAAAAUCAAAACAUUCCCUUAAAUUCGCCAGGAGUAGCGCAGCAAAGGACUCAGGGCACCACAGGACCAGGACCAGGACCACGACCAGGAUGAACGGACUGCCGCCCAGCAAGCACUACAACCUGACGCACUACCAGCAGCGCUACAACUGGGACUGCGGCCUGUCCUGCAUCAUCAUGAUCCUGUCCGCGCAGCAGAGGGAACAGCUCCUGGGAAACUUCGAGGCAGUCUGCGGCGAGGAGGGCUUCGGAUCCAGUACUUGGACCAUCGACCUGUGCUACCUACUACUGCGCUACCAGGUGCGCCACGAGUACUUCACCCAAACGCUGGGCAUCGAUCCCAACUACGCCCAGCACACCUACUACUCCAAGAUCAUAGACAAGGACGAACGACGAGUGACGCGCAAGUUCAAGGACGCCCGUGCCCAUGGACUGCGCGUGGAGCAGCGCACGGUGGACAUGGAGGUCAUCCUGCGCCACUUGGCCCGCCACGGUCCCGUCAUCCUGCUGACCAACGCCUCGCUGCUCACCUGCGAGGUGUGCAAACGCAAUGUCCUGGAGAAGUUUGGUUGUUUUUAUAUACCAUGUAUCGUUCGAAAUACACGCCUACGUGGAUCCAAAAGGUAUGCCGGACACUAUGUGGUGCUCUGUGGCUACGACAUGGCUGCUCAAAAGCUUUUUUAUCACAAUCCCGAGGUCCAUGACGGCCACAUUUGUCGGUGCCUCAUCGAGUCCAUGGACACUGCCCGUCGCGCCUACGGCACCGACGAGGACAUCAUCUUCAUCUACGAGAAGAAAGCCACCAGGGAGUAAACGGAUGACCACGCCUGAAUAAGGAAUAGGAAAAGGAACAGCAGUACCUGCAGUUGCCCAGGUUGCCAGCGGCUGAAAAAAAAAGCAUUGGAAUCUGCGCUUGUGAUAUUAGGACUUUAGGGGGCGAAUGUCGGGGAGCAUGUCGGGGUACUUGAAGUGAAAGGCUUAGAGAAAGAGCUGCUUGGUUAACUUUGGCACAACAGUGUACUUUAUUUAGGUAUUGUUAGCAGUUGGUCCCCAUAAAAAACAACAACAAUUACACACGCGUUUACGUAAACUAGCCAGGCAGCUGUCCACAUUAUAGAGUUAUAAACCGUCAGCGGAAAGUUAUCUAAGGCUAUAUCUUGGACUCAGACAGCGGCGUAGCCAGGGAUUAGGAGGUUUUCAGAACAAAUAUUGUGUAGCAUGUUUUUUUUUACACAAUGUUUUGCAAGGAUUUCAAGUAAAAAGUGAGAGGGGGCUAACCCCUAAAGCCCCCUGGCUACGCCCCUGGUCUCAGAGUAUCCUUUGGUGGGAUAAUAGCCCUUGGAAAGUCGAAACUUAAAUAUAUAGGGGUGCCACAGAAAUCUCUUCCACGCCAAGUCGUAUAAAAUUUAUAUUGAUACACCUGCCAAACUUACGCCAAAUGGGCGCCCUGCGAUUUCAGUGGCACUACCGAUAAAAAAAAAAGUUCUAAAUUUAAAGUGAAUGUAGUUUUUGGGAAUAAAAUUCCUCUGUCCUUAGCUUACUUUCCGUCUGCCGACCCCAAAUAAUUUCUAUAUUUGUUUUAAGAAUACAUUCCAAUAAAAAGAUUAUUGUUCCAAU